AUGGUUCUCCGAAUUCGUUUAGCACGCUUUGGCAACAAGCACAACCCCUUCUUCAACAUCAUUGUCGCGCAGGCUCGUUCUGCUCGCGGCGCGAAGCCCCUCGAAGUUAUCGGCACUUACAACCCCAUCCCGAAGCGUCCCACGAACCUCUACAAUGAGAAUGCCGAUGCCCGUCCUUACAAAGAAAUUGCUCUCGACAGCUCUCGCGCCAAGUACUGGUUGGGUGUCGGUGCACAGCCCAGUGACCCUGUCUGGAAGCUGAUGGGCAUGGCUGGCCUUGUUGCGCCCAAACCUACCACCCACGACAAGGCGUGA